AUGUAUGCAUUGGCACUUGUGACCGCAAGUUACUGCGGUACCACCAAGGAUUUCUGCGGUGACAAAACCGUAAAAAGGCCGUCUUGCUCAAAGGAUACAAAGAUCGAGAAGGUCAUUGGAUACUAUGAGUCGUGGUCCUUGACUGAACGAAGCUGCAAUACCAUGAAACCCGAUCAGAUCCCUUAUGGCCAUUACACACACCUGAACUUCGCCUUUGGCACCAUUGACCCCACUACCUUUGAAGUCAAAGCAACAAGCUCCCAAGCCGAGUCAUUGAUGAGCACGAUUGGCAGCCUCAAAUUGAUCCAGGAAAAUUUGCAGAUAUGGAUCGCAAUCGGGGGUUGGACUUUCAACGACCCCGGCGCUACGUAUACGACAUUCUCUGACAUUGCCGCCUCAAAAGACCACCAAGAUGCUUUCGCAAAGUCGCUCAUAUCAAUGAUGAAUACCUAUGGAUUUGAGGGUGUGGAUAUCGAUUGGGAAUAUCCGGUCGACCCAGAUCGCGGUGGUCGUAAAGACGAUUUCAAGAACUUUUCCUCGUGGAUGGAAAACCUGAAAUCUGCUAUCGGCAACAAGGGGCUUAGUGUCACACUGCCAUCGAGCUACUGGUACAUGCAACAUUUCGAUAUUAAGGGCCUUGAGAAGUCUGUGGAUUGGUUCAACAUGAUGCUUUACGAUCUGCACGGCACAUGGGAUCUCAAGAGCAAACACACAGGACCCUUUGUCAAUGCACACACCAAUCUCACUGAAAUCCAGGAUUCCUUGGAUCUCAUGUGGCGCAACGACAUCGACCCAGACAAAGUGGUGUUCGGCAUGGGUUUCUAUGGCCGAAGUUUUACCCUCCAGAAUCCUGGCUGUUCAGAGCCAAAAUGCCUUUUCGCCUCAGGCGGUAAUGCUGGGAAGUGCUCCAACACUAUAGGAGUUCUGCUCAACAGCGAGAUCCAGGACUUGAUUUCGAGCAAAAAUCUCAAGCCAAAACUUUAUGAGAAGGAGGCAGUCAAGACUAUAACCUGGGAUACUACGCAAUGGGUGUCUUUCGACGACGAGGACACAUUCAAGAUUAAAGCAGAUCUGGCAAAGUCGCAGUGCAUCAAGAACGUCAUGGUAUGGGCGGUGAGCCACGACGACCGGAAUGGCACAUCCGCCAAAGCACUCACUAAGGCGGUUGGACGAGACGUGAUGUCUGCUCCCAACAUCGUGGCUCAGCCAGUAGAGAACCCCCCGAAGGAGAUCAGAGCAUGCAGAUGGUCCAACUGCAAUGAGAAUUGCCCAGCGGGAUUGAAGAAUGUCAUGCGCAACGGCACCUCUGAAACCAUGGUCGACGGCACAGGGUGUCCCGGUCAAUCUCCGCAUCAAUGGUGCUGCCCAGCAGAUACUGAACUACCUACUUGCACCUGGCGAGGCUUCAGAGACAGUGGCGCAUGCAGACCUGGCUGCCUUGAGGGCGAAGCCGAAGUGGCAACAUUGUCAGUGGGCUGUUCUUCCAAGCACCAAAGCGCAUGCUGUACUGUUACUUCCGCUACAAAGCCUUAUUCAAUGUGCAAGUGGUUUGGAGAUAGCCCUACAUGCUCAGGCUCAGGCGGUUACAAAGCUUGCGAGGGCGAUUGGCCUCACCGCGUUGUAUCUGCGUCAAUGGGCGCUGGUGGAGAGCAAGCAUGUGGUCGUGGAGCAAAGAGUUACUGUUGCAAGGAAGUUCCUGAUGCAUUCACCGACUGCGCAUGGUACAAGAAGGAAACCUCUACCGUCACCAACCUCGGGUAUUGUGAAACCUCUUGCCCCAAAGACUCAGUUCGUUUGUCCAUGCAGCAAGGCAGUGGCUGCGGUUACGGAGGCUUGCAAGCAUUUUGCUGCAAAGGCCAGAAACCAGCCACACUCACUCCACGAGACCCUAGCUGGGGCAACAAUCAGUACAAAGAGUACGAAGGACUACUUCUUGCCUGGUCAAAGAAUCCUUCAUGUCCGGUGUCCAUCGGCAUUGACGGGGCCGACUACUACAGCGAUUUCCCCGAGAAACGCAGCUUAUUGCGUCGCGCGGGUGAUUGCACCGACACUGACUUCGCCAAGCUAGUCAACUGGAUGGUCACUCUCUUGAGGUACCCGUCGAGUACCCCUGAUGGCAUCAAAUAUGGCUGGGAUAAUAUCAUGGCCAAGUUCGACAGCUCCACAGACACCCUCGGUUUUGACAACCUCGCCGACCUGGUGGCUACGAACGACUGGGAAGCUGGCGGACUAGUUUCUGACGUACUUUUGGACCCCUAUGCGGCCCAGAGGAACUUGUGGAAUUUCCAAGAUGCGCAGAAAACGCUGUGCUCAUCUGGUACAUCCUCCUCCAAGCGUGAUCUUGGGGACGAAAUAUUCCAAGGGAAUGAUGGCAACGAUCUUGAGGGGCGAAGAAUCCGUCCUUCAGGAGCAGGUAGUGGCCCAGACCGUGUGAAUGAUGCAAGUCAGCGAGCGUCUUGGCAUGGCAUGCCGGAUGCCUCAACUAUUCUAGAUGGUAUCGCUGUAGGCCACUUGCAACUUCGUUAUGCCCGUUGGCAGCGCGAAAGCGGAAACACCAGAGUGUUCUUGGAGCUCGCUUACCACAUUGGUCCAGCCGGUACCACAAACACUGAACCCAUCUACGAUCGCUACAGAGAUUUGAGUGUAAACCGCGUGACAGUCGAUGGCAAUGCGAUGAACGAUCAGGAUAACUGGGUGGUUGCACAUAUCCAUUUUGAUCACACAAACCCCAAUCUCUUCAUAAGAGAUGCUGCAGGCCAGGUCUUCAUCGGCACUCAAGCCAUGCGUCUGUUCCAUGGCCAAAGGACUGUACAACCAAAUUACGCCUACGCCAAUCCACGAGUGGGUGGAGACGAUACUCAGCCACGAGUCGAUCCGGCGGUCCGUAACGGCAUGCGAUAUGCGAACUCUAGAAGUCCGUUAUUCAACUGUCCAACUCCAGCAACAACAACAGCCCCCGAACAACUCUUCUAUCUAGGCUACAAUAACCCGAACGUUGCAUUGCCACAGCCACCGGCCAUGCUGACGUUCUCGGCAGCGUUGCAAGCCUGGGCAGCCACUCUGUGGCGGAACAAUAUCCUUAACUCGUACGGAUUGUCGUAUGUCUUUGCUCAGACAGGAACAAGUAUCAAUGGCCCAGCGGACCAAUUCCGUAUCGGCCCUACCAUUCCCCGACCUGUACCGUUUGUGAUUCCUGGCCGAGCUACUUCUGGUCGAGAUGAUCCCAUCAACUUCAAUUUCAUCUGGGACCCGGUGACGAAUACAUGGUCUUAUGUCCAAAAUCCGUAG